AUGCGAACCCCGACGCCACGCACUGUGGACUGUGGUUUUGCGCAGGAGCAAGGCAUCAAGCCCCCGCCUCCCAAGUACGAACCUGCCAGGCUGGGGCGGUCGAUCAGGGUUUUGGUGAACUACUUCUUGGUCGACUGCCGUGCCCAGGAGGCGCUGCACUAUUCAACAGAAGUCAAUCAGAUAUUUGACGAUGCACAAGGGGGCCAGCAGGUCAUCGAUUUCAGGCUGAAGGCUGAAGAAACGCGCCCAGUAAUUAGGCAGCUUGCUGACCAACAGCGCUGGGGCCACACUUGGGUGUAUGAUGGCAAGCAUGCCAUCUACAGCACGGAAGAGAUUUGUCCAAGAGAAGAGACAGCAACCAAUGUGACCAUAUCCCGUGGAAGAAGGCAAAGGAAGUACCAGGUCAAAAUGAAGUUGGUGGCGCCUGUGGCGAUUCGCUCUUUAUUCGAGUUCAUCCAAGGGAGAGCAGACAGGCUGCCACAGGAGGUCUUGCAGGUCCUGGACAUUGCCCUUCGACACACACAACAAAUGAAUCCUGCAUGUACCGCCCACAACGCCAACUUUUUCUUCCAAUCCCAGCAAAGGGGCAACAGCCUUGGGGGUGGUGCGCAGGCCUGGAUGGGAUAUUACCAGAGUUUGAAGCCGUGCAAGGGUGGUCUGGCUCUCAAUGUGGACACUGCAUGCACUGCCUUUGUUGACAGCUGCUUGAUUUCUGACAUUCUGCUGGAUAUUGGGGCCGAUGAGCACGCAUGUAAAAAGAUCAAGUCAAAGCUCAAGAAUGUCAAGGUAGUGUCCAUCUUCGAUGAAGACAAUGUGCACAAGUUUAAGUGCAUUGGCAGGGACCGACCAUGUGAGUCUAUGUUCUUUCACAAGCACUCCAACAGGGACAUGAGCGUCCAGGAGUAUUUUGAGACAGUCAAAGGGAAACGUUUGCGGUAUCCUGACCUCCCGAUAGUGGACUGCUCUACCACAAAGAAGCCCAUCUUCAUCCCAGCAGAAUUCACCAGAAUUCUGCCAGGCCAGAAGGUUAAGGGCAAGCUGAAUGCUCAGCAGACGGCACAAAUGAUAAGGAGUGCCACACAAAGGCCUCUUGAAAGGAAGGAGUAUAUUGAGGAUGUGCUGAGACGCAUUCAGUUCGACGAUGACCCCACAGUUGGGGCUUUCGGAAUGCGGGUCAGCAGUCAGAUGCAAGAGAUUGAUGCACGAAUCCUCCCCCAUCCGCACCUGAAAUACAAGGAUCCACCAUGCAUGGACGUGGGGACUCAGGGCGUAUGGAAUUUUACCCGAGGGGUGAGCUUCUUCAGGCGUGGCAAAAUCAACAGUUGGGCGUUUGUAUCCUUCUGUGAUGAGCGUGUUGUGAAUGAUCCUGGUGAGACUGGACUAGAUGUGUUCAUGAAUGCGUUGAUCGACGUCUUGAGAAAGACAGGGGUUAAGUUCCAAGGUGGCCCUGUGGUGCACUACGCACAAUUUCGCUUGUCUCCAAGAGAGGAGAUCCUGCAAGCCAUCGACAAGGCCAAACGCCACUUUGAGGACAAGGAGCCCAACAUAAUCAUUUGUCUGUUGCCAAACAAUGCUAAGGAGAUCUACAAGAGUGUGAAGCUGACAUGUGACGCAACAAGGGGGAUUCCAAGCCAGUGUAUCUGCGCUCCAAAAGCAGGCAUUGGUCAACUGCUUAAAGGACGAGACGAACAUGCAAGGAGAAGAGGGCGUGACCAAUACUGCAACAACCUCGCAAUGAAAAUCAACACGAAGCUCGGUGGCACUAAUUGUGCAAUUGUCGAUGUGCCGAAUUCUGGCAUACCUAUUAUUGGUCAAGAUAAAGCAUUCAUGCUUCUGGGCGUCGAUGUGUCUCACCCACAGAGCCAGGAAGAAUCUGAGCCUUCGAUCGCUGCUCUUGUUGCCAGCAUGGACCCGGCUGGCUCACACUAUGCAUGCCGGGUAAAAAUCCAGCAGCAUGGCCAGGAGCUGGUUAACGAUUUCAAGGAGCUGGUGAAAGAACUCCUACUGGAAUUCUUUAAACACAACAACCGCAUGAAGCCGGAGAGCAUAAUUGUCUACAGGGAUGGGGUGUCUGAAGGGCAGUUUGAUGCUGUCCUCUCCAACGAAUAUGACUGCAUCCGAACGGCUUGUAUGGAAAUGGGGAAUGGCGAUGGCACGUACUGCCCUCCCAUUACCUUCAUCAUAGUCCAGAAACGACACCACACUCGGCUUUUGCCUGCUGGUGGCAGCACAGAUCGCAGUGGGAACGUGUUGCCUGGGACUGUGGUGGAUACAGCGAUCACCAGCCCAGCAGUGUUUGAUUUCUUCCUCAACAGCCAUGCUGGCAUUCAAGGGACAAGUCGUCCAUCGCAUUACCACGUCCUCGUUGACGAGAACAACUUUGGACCUGAUGCCGUUCAGCUUAUGACCUACUGGCUGUGCUACCUGUAUUGCCGCUGCACCAGGUCUGUCUCUGUAGUUCCUCCUGCCUACUACGCUCAUCUCGCUGCAAUGAGAGCACGACUGCUUGUGGAAAGGGACACCUCUGACGAUGCGAGCUCGGCUAGUGGUUUUAGCGGAGCGCCACAGUUUGCAAAUUUCCACGAUAGUCUCAAGAACGUCAUGUUCUACGUCUGA